GAAUCCUUCGAGAGAUGUUCAAUUGAAAAUCUCCGAGGAACAGGGUAUUACUUUCUGGAUACAGCUGCGCCUAUCGCAGUUGAGGAGUUCGAUGAGCGCCGCAACCGCCUGGCGAGGGCUCUGGUCGCCGAUGGGGCGGACGCCUUUGUCGUGGAGCCGGGGUAUACGUUCAAAUACUAUGCUAAUGUGAGCCAGCCGGAAUGGGAGGUCUGGGAGCCGGAGGAACGCCCCUUUCUUAUGGUGGUGCAGCCUUAUCGUCAUUCGUCGGGCCUUGUCACCGCAAAGACGACAUUCCUAGCCCCAUCGUUCGAGGCGGAGCGAGCCCGACUGUUGAAAAUGCCGUUUCUUGAGCCAAUCGAGAUCAUUCCUUGGGAGGAACACUGGAACCCAUACGAUACAUUGAAGGAUUCUGUCAUCUUCUCGGCACAUGAUCGACCACCUCGACUCAUGGUGGACGAGGAAAUGAGGGACUUUAUCCAACGGGGUCUCGGUCACUCGGGGUUCGAAAUCGUUGGGCUGAUGGGAGAAGUGGAGCGCGUCCGGCAGAUCAAAUCCAACACUGAGGUGGGGAUUCUUCGCGCCGUGAAUACCGGGACUGUGGAAGCCGUACGGCAGAUGCGCAAAUGCCUCUACCCCGGUCUAACCGAGAGUGAAAUCGCAAGGGCCCUGGACAAUACUCUUCGCUCGGCUGGGUUGGAGCCAUUUUUCGAUAUUGUUUUGUUUGACGAGAAUGCCGCCAACCCACAUGGAGGCACCAACGGUUCGAAGGUGCUUGAGCCGGAAACUUUUGUUUUGAUUGAUGUAGGCGCCCAUCUCCUUGGGUACUCAUCGGAUAUCUGUCGAACCUUUUUCCCGCCGUUCCUUGAACCACCGACACCGGAUAUGCCCACCCCGACGCGUUUGAGAGAUAAGCUGGAGGUGUGGGACGUUGUCUUUGAAGCUCAAACCCAAUCCAUAGGGCAGUUCCGGGUCGACGCCAGUGCGGCCAGCGUUGAUAUUGCUGCCCGGGAGGUGAUCACGGACGCCGGGUACGGGGAAGCCUUUACCCAUCGUGUUGGGCACGGAAUUGGAAUCAAAGCCCACGAAAGCCCUUAUCUGAACAAGGGCAACGAUGCGACUCUCCUUCAAGCCGGUAUGACGUUCACCUCGGAACCUGGGGUGUAUCUGGUGGAUCGAUUCGGGGUACGGCACGAAGACAUCUUUCUGGUGCGGGAGGGUGGGGAGGCAGAGCUGUUGACCGGUCGUCGAGCAUCUGGGCCUUGGGAUCCAUAG